UCCUCUCGCGCUCAGUACAGCUCUGCUGCUCUACAGUCCGACUCACUCAGGAAGCUCAUGAAGACGCUGCGCCAAAGUCGACGGAAUAACUCAAUAACUGCGUUUUCUUUUUCUCGUCCCGGUGUGUUUUAACAGAUUAGUGUUUGUGAGAGUUUGCUGAUACGGGCUCUAGGCUUCAUAAGAAGGCGUUAUUUCAUAGGAAAACGUUACAGAAUGGCAGAAACCGAGGGAAGUCCGUUUGGAGGCUGUUUGGAGAAACUCAAGAGCUACGUGCGAACUCGGAAAGGAACUAUCCUGACCGCUGAAAUACUCCUCAGUUUCAUCAUCCUUGUCUGUUAUGCCGCGUCAAAGCAUGGCGGGUAUUCAGCGGUCGCCAUCUGUGAGAUGGUCUUUGCCAUCAUCUUCUUCAUUGUCUUCAUGAUGGAGCUGGACAAACAGUUCCUGGUGGUGAAUUGGCUCUGGAGCGAUCUCUUCCGCGCUGUAAUCGGUGCAGCACUUUAUCUCAUCACCUCUCUGAUCUGUGUGAUUGGUGGAUCUGGGGACGGGGCUCGCAUCGCUGGCGGGGUGUUCGGUCUGGUGGCUGGGAUCUUGUUUGCUUAUGAUUGCUACACAAUCUUCUUGGACAUAAAGAGCAGCAGACAGCAUACAGCUGCUCCCACAGGUCGCUGAAGGCCGUCUGUGGGAUGUUUACGACUGACAUUUGGCAUUUGAGCCAAACAGUUAUUCUGACAGAGACGCCAGUGGCAACACUGGUAUCUCAGCGAAAGCUAUGCCGUUUUACAUGUCCGCUCUUAAUGCUGUGUAACUAUAACAACUUAACCUGACUAACUAUUCCCCACUUAUUUAUUUUGCGUCUCCCUUUUUGUUUUCUCUCUUUGUUUUUUAACAGAUGACACAGUUUGAAUCUACUUUCCUCACUACAACAUUAACAGCCACCAAAACAUGGAGGACAAAAUCUAAAAACGGCAAAAGGAAUGAAUUCCUGAGAGUUAUCGCAAAGUUACCAUGAGAGAUGAAGACCAGAGGAAUGCAAAAGGGACAAAACUUUACACAACACAAGAGGUUUAUGUAUAAAGGGAUUUAAAAGUGAACUGUAAGAUGAAAGAAAUACCAUAUAUGAAGAAACAGAAAGCUGUUGGCAUCCAAGGAUCCAUUACCGUCGUCUUGGUCAGGCGGCUUUUGUUACCACAAUUUAUUUGUUGGCUUUGGUGGUUACAAAAGCACUAUCACAACAUUUAAUAAGAGAUAGGGCUAAUAAAAUCGUCAGAUAAAACUGAUGAUUUGUAUACAAUUUACAAAAGCGAUUCAAAGUCAGUCCGUCUUCCCAUUCUUUACUAGACAAAGACACAUUUUGACCAAGUGAUUUUAAACAAAGUCAUUAUUAAUAAGUUGUGUUGGAAACUUGAUUUAAUUCAGUCUGGUGCUGUUUUUUUUAUGAUGAAGCAUGAAGGUUGCAUAAGUUUGUUAUGGUGUAAAAUUUCAGUGUAAUUCGUAACUGAAGCUAAAUUCUAAUAACUAUUGAUCGAUCUUGUGUUUUGUGCUUAAAAAAAGUUAGUUGUAUAAGGUUAAUAAAACAGGAUUUGAGUCGGAUAUAUCCAACUCGGGUGCGGUCAAGAAAAAGUCACAUUUAAAGGGAUUUUCUCUUUCUUUAAACUGAAAAGGAAUGAAUCUCAACCCUAAUAUCUUCCAUGGUGGCACAGAUUUGUACUGUAAAAAGUUCUAAUGUCCAUGUGUUUGGUACAAUAUGUUCAUUUUCAUUCAUUGCCAUUAAACCUGUUACCUCAAGAGUUGCUCAAUAUCUUGAUGCCAUAAGUAUUUUUUGUUAGUAUUCUAAUAAUAAACUGAUCACAUAUAUUAAUAUAUCUUCCUUUACAGCCUCUAUAGUUCAACCCUACUGAGGAAUGUAGAGUAAGAAAUACUAAAACAGCACUCACAGUUUGUCAGCAUUCGUGAUUUCCCAAGAAAAUAUUAUGAAUAAAUAUCUGUUUGCUCAACUGUAUAGUAAGACUUUUAAAAAUUAAAAGAGAUUAUUCAGAAGUAUUUGAACCUCCAGUUAUUCAAACGUGCUGUCAGAAGCUUGUCCAAGUCAGAGAUUCAUAAAUCUGCAGUUUUAGUAAGACUCAAUAAUUUGGCCUGUUUUUUUGUUUUUUGAAUCCAUUUAUAACAUGUUUCAAUUGUUGUAACCAUUUAUGAAUGAUAUAUUCCAAUGUACGAAGACUGCCUGAUUUUUCCUCUCAUGUCUUUAUUGUUUUUGCAACCUCAGCUCUACCCCAAUGACUUCCUGAAAGCAUUUAUUUGUGAGAUGGUUCUGUAAAAAAUGAUAAACUCAGGAUGUUCUGCUCUUUUUAAACGGAUACAUUUAAAGAAACAGUUUAUUGGAUGUUUUUGGUUUUACAAGUACAGCACGUGGAAAUAAUUCUGCAGAAUUUAUGUCUCUUUUUAACAGAUGUGGCUGGUAUUUGGAUAACAUUUAAUAAAAGGCUGUUACAACGUGUUGAACUGCUACAAGUGUGCGCCCGUACACCUCACUGAAGACCUGCUGGCGUGAAACCAAUCAUUUAGACUGCAAAUUAUAUCACAAAUUUACUUCAUAUUAAAAAUAUUUGCAUAACUAUUUUUUUACAUUUAACAUUUAAAAAAAAGAAAAGAGUUUUGCUAUAUUCAACGACAGACGGUUGAUUAUGCCAGGUGACUUGAAUAUGUGUCACUAGAUGGCAGCAUCUACAUUCACUAGAGUGACAAUCUUAUUCUGUGGAGUUUUUUUAAAGAGGUUAAGUCUUAGGUUUUUAAGAAACUGAUUUAUGUAUUAGUUUUAUUAUGUAAUGAAUUAAUUAAUGCAUUGAAUAAAUAAAUGGCGAAAAG